AUGGAUAUAUUCUAUCUUACCUCAGCAAUACUUCUUAUUUUAACAGCCUACAUCUUUCGAUUCAUAUCAAUAUUGCCAUUCUACCGAACGCAUCCCAAUGAUAGAAUAUUGACAGCUCAUAAAGGCACCAACGGGCCAUUACAUAUAUUUGUAUUCUUAGGUUCUGGUGGACAUACUGGAGAAAUGCUACGAAUUUUACAAAAUUAUAAGGAAACUCUACUGAACCAAGACAAUGUUCUCUAUGUAGGGUAUUCUGAUAUUGAUUCACGCAACAAAUUCUCAAAACUAUUACAAUCAGCUUGUAAGGUGGAAUAUAUAGAAUUUAAGAAGGCGAGAGAAGUGAAUUCAGGUCUUUUGGCAAGCUUAAAAAGUAUCUUCUUGACAUUGAUGACUUCGUUAUUAAAUGUCAUCCGAAUUCGUAAAUCGAUCGCUUUCAAACCGCAUCUAAUUCUAUUGAAUGGACCUGGCACCUGCUGUAUCCUGGUUCUUUGGUUUAAGUUAUUGGAAUGGAUUUUGUUAUUUUCCUCUUCCAGUAAUAUUAUAUAUAUUGAAUCAUUAGCAAGAAUUAAUAGUCUGAGCUUAACAGGUAAGAUAGUAUAUUGGAUGGCCGAUGAAUUCAUUGUUCAAUGGAAGGAAUUAGAACUUUCCUGUGCACCAAGAGCAAAAUAUUUCGGUAUUCUUACAUAA